AUGCCGUCUGCAGUAUUAAGCCGCAUACUCAAUGGACAUCAGCCAGUGACAAUUGAGCAUCUGACAAUUGUCAAAGACUUCACAGUGCUGGUGUUCACGGAGUUAUGUUUGCCGCUGCACCCCGUGCAAGCACUCGAGGUUCAACAUAUUUACAAUGCAACAGAAGAAAGAACUACACAUUUCAAUCAUUUUCGUGAUCAUGAGACCGCCGCGUUCUUCGGUGUCAAGGCUUGUCAAGCUGUCCCGGCACGAAUUCGGAGCUCGGUCCAGCAGUGAACAUAUACGUUGGGCUCCGGCCGGGACUUUGACGCAGGUCAAGCAAGCGGUGCUGCCGACUGACUGCCUGUCAAUGCGUCUGAUGACAAGCCGUUCAAGCAAGCGGUGCUGGCGACUGAACUGGCC